AUGGCAACAUACGAACAGAUUUCUUGUCGGUGGGAGUUGAACAUUGAAGGAUGUAAAGAUUAUUCUUUCUUUCGUACAAAUAUAGAAAUAGAAUUAGUAUUAGUAAUAAUUACAUUCAUUUUAAGUACCAUUUUAUUAUUAUAUAGAAGAAUAAAGUAUAAUAGUAUUUUAUGGAAUGGUCAAUGUUUUUCAGCUUUAGAUGGUUUCUUAUUUUGGGCUGACAUUUGGUGUAUUACAAAAGUAAUAUUUAUUUUUGUACAAUUAUCAAACCUUAAAAACGAUUAUUUAAGACAUUUUUUAUUUGAACUUAUGGCUUUCCCUCCAGUCAUUGCUGUUGCAACUUACGCUUCAGGAUUAUUCUAUGCCAUACCAAGGAUGAAUUUUCAGCAGCGUACAUCACAAGAACAAGAACCAAAACAAAUUUUACAGAGCAAAACAAGUCUUUUUCGUCCAAAUGUGGUGUCAUUCUAUUAUUGGAUGUUUGUUUCGAUUUUUUUCUUAAUGACUUUCAUUCCUUUAUUGAUUGCUGCUGUCGCUAAACAAAAUCAUAAUCGGAAAUUGGAAAAGAUUUGUUGGGCUUUUCAUCUUUUGAUUUUUUCCAUAGCAUUUGGAAUAUUGGCUAUCAUAUUGGUCAUUUACAGUCGAAGGCUGGUACAUUUGGCUGAAGAAUCAAUAUUAUCAUCAGUGCACGAAUUCGAAAUACAAAAAUAUAAGAAAUUCGCUGACAUGAUGAAAUUAUUUUAUAAAACUUUAAUAUUUGUAUUUGUAUGGUAUAUCUUGGGAAUUGGGUUACUUGCAUUUUUUAGAAUGCAAAUUGAUUCUCAUGAAGUAUUAAAUAAAACCUUUGCUGCUAUGACCGAACUUUCUUCUAUCGUAGCUACAUUGGUAAUUAUUUGUACAUUAUUAAUUUGUUCAACAUCGAGAAAUAAUAUCACAUUAACAUUGUCGGCGUAUCAAAGGAAAGAUCAUAUACCAAAGUAUAAUAAUGAUGAUGUAAUUGAAAAAGGCGAAAACACCGUAGUUGAUACAAGAACUUCUUGGUAUAUCGGUGGUACGAGAGUUCAACCACCUCCACCUGCUGCACAACGAUCACCCACCAUUUAUGAAAAGCCUGAAAGUACAAAUGAUGACAUAUUAAAAAUUAGAGCUGAAGAAUUCAAAAAUGAUGAUUUUGGGUCAAGUCAAAGUUAUUGCAAUUAUAGCACUCAAUUUAGAUUUAAUAGUAGGUAUAAUGGUCAAUAUAAUCCUGGUUUCAACUAA